UACCGCAACAAAUAACUAACCCGCUUUAUUGCAUACAUUACUGUCAGUUACGGAUAACAUUAGCUGUAGUUAGGUCAUGGACAAAUCGAACGAUCUUCUCGUUUUCUAUGUAAAUGGGGUGCAGACGAUAGAACAUGAUCCUGAUCCAACAUGCUCCCUUCUACAAUAUCUUAGAACAAAAUUACAACUUACUGGUGCCAAGCUGGUCUGUGGUGAAGGAGGAUGUGGAGCAUGCACUGUUAUGAUUUCCAAAUACGAUGAGGAGAAUAGAACCAUACUACAUUAUUCAGUUAAUGCGUGUUUAACACCAGUUUGUUCUGUACACGGAUUAGCUGUUACAACGACUGAAGGUAUUGGUAGUCUUCGCACUAGAUUACAUCCAGUUCAGGAACAAAUAGCAAAGCAUCAUGGAUCACAAUGUGGUUUCUGUACACCGGGUAUGGUCAUGUCGAUGUACACGUUAUUACGAAAUAAUCCACAACCAUCGAUGGUACAAAUAGAAAAAUAUCUAGAAGGUAAUUUAUGUAGAUGUACCGGAUAUCGACCAAUCCUGGAUGGUUAUCGGUCUUUUUCUAAGGAAGCCUGUGCAUUGGGUGAAAAUUGUUGUAGAAAUAAAAAUGAAGGCGAUGACAACAAAAAUGAUAACAAAGAAGAAAAGAGCGAGGCUUACAUUUCACCUUAUGAUCCGACACAGGAACCGAUAUUUCCCCCAGAGUUAAAGGUAAAUUAUGCUAAAUACCACAAGACGAGUCUACUGUUUCAUAAUAAUGGAGUAAAAUGGUACAGACCUACUACAUUAACUGAAUUGUUAGAUUUAAAACAAAAAUACCCUGAUGCUAAAAUUAUUAUUGGUAAUACAGAAAUCGGUAUAGAAACAAGAUUUAAGAAUAUUAAAUAUGACGUAUUGAUCCACGCGUCUAAUAUUCCCGAACUUACAAAUAUAACAUCUACUGAAGGUGGUAUUAAAUUUGGUGCGUCUGUAACUUUAUCUAAGGUAGAAGAGGUCCUUCAGCAAGCCAUUGAUAAUUCCACAGAAGAAAAAUGCCGAGUGUUAAAAGCUGUUGUGGAAAUGUUGAAAUGGUUUGCCAGUAAUCAGAUCAGAAAUAUCGCGGCUAUAGGAGGGAAUAUAAUGACAGCUAGUCCUAUAUCUGAUUUAAAUCCAGUACUUCAAGCCAGUACAACCGUAUUAGAAGUUAUAUCUACAGAUAAGGUCAAACGACGAGUUGUAAUGGACGCGGAUUUCUUCACCGGUUAUAGAAAGACAGUAAUUAAAAACAACGAAAUUCUUGUAUCUAUAACAAUUCCAUUUACCCACAAGAAUGACUAUUUUGAAAGCUAUAAACAAGCGUUGAGGAAAGAGGAUGAUAUUACAAUAGUAAACGCUGGAAUGAGGGUUGUGUUUGAAGAUGAGUCUGACGUCAUCAAAGAAGUGUAUUUAUCUUAUGGUGGAAUGGCGCCAACUACAGUUAUGGCCAAAAAUACAAUGAGAUAUUUAGUUGGAAGAAAAUGGGAGGAUAAUUUGGUACCGGAAGCUUGUCAAUACCUGGAAGAAGAUUUACCUUUAAAUCCUGGAUCACCUGGUGGUAUAGUAGAAUACAGAAAAACUUUAACCACUAGUUUCUUCUUUAAGUUUUAUUUAACAAUCACCCAGCAUCUUUAUAGUAAGGGUAUACUCCAAGGAAAACCAACACCUCAUUCUUACCUUAGUGCUAUAGAAACCCAUGAAUUGGGACCUAGUAAGGGAACUCAGGUUUAUGAAUUAGUAGGUGCCGCUCAGAAAGAUGACAAUCCAAUAGGACGACCAAUUAUUCACAACUCAGCUUACCAACAAACUACAGGAGAAGCGGUUUAUAUUGAUGAUAUGCUGCCCAGAAAAGGGGAAUUAUUUGUGGCACCAGUUUACAGUUCCAGAUCUCAUGCUACUUUACAAGACAUCGAUCCAUCAGCAGCUUUACAAAUACCUGGGGUCAAAGGUUACAUAGAUUAUAGAGAUAUACCAGGAGUCAAUAGGAUAGUAAUUUGCGCUGAGGAUUUUUUUGCUGUUGACGAGGUAUCGUGUGAAGGUUGUUUGAUAGGUGGUGUGGUAGCUACGUCAAGUCAAACAGCACGUGAAGCGAGUAAAAUGGUGGAUAUAAAGUACCAAGAUCUCCCGGCUAUUAUAACCGUUGAGGAUGCUAUCACCAACGACUCGUACUGGAGAGAACCUUUAGUAAAUGGAUGUGGAGACGUUGAUAAAGGAUUUGAAUUAUGCGAAGAAGUGCUAGAAGGGGAAGUUUAUAUGGGAGCCCAGGAGCAUUUCUAUCUUGAGACUCAAUCAGCCAUAGCUGUACCAAACGAACGAGACGAAAUGGAUCUUUACAGCUCAGCUCAAUGUCCAGCAUGGGUUCAAGAAUCAGUGGCUCACGUGCUUGGAGUUCCGUGUCAUAAGGUCAAAUGCUAUACUAAAAGACUUGGUGGUGGUUUUGGUGGUAAGAAUACACAGAAUAUCCCUACAGCUGUAUUAGCAGCAGUAGCAGCCAGAAAAUAUAAUUUACCAAUGAGAUGUUGUUUGGAGCGAGAUGAUGAUAUGGUCAUGACAGGAACAAGACAUCCUUUUAUGGCGAAAUACACAGUUGGAUAUUCGACGGAUGGUCGUAUUGUAUGUCUAGAUGUGAAUGUUUAUGCUAAUUGUGGUGAUUCACUCCACGGAUCAGACGCAACGCUUGACAAUCUUCUACGGAGAAGUGAUAACGUCUACAAGAUACCAAACUUUCGUGUAUCCUGUCAUUUCUGUAAAACCAAUAUCCGGUCGAAUACAUCCAAUCGUGCUUGUGGCAGUGUACAGGCCUUUUUUAUCAUAGAAAAUGCAAUCCAGCACAUCAUCGAUAAACAUGGAAUGGAUCCUAUUAAGGUUCGAGAGAUGAAUUUUUAUCAAGAAGGAGAUAGAACUCAUGUUAACCAGAUUAUAAAAGAUUGUAAUAUAGAGUCGUGUUGGCAAGAAUGUAUAAACCAGUGUGACUAUUAUAACCGCAAAACACAAGUGGAACUUUAUAAUAGAGAAAAUAGAUGGAGAAAAAGGGGGAUCUCUAUCUUACCCCUGAAAUAUGGGGUAUCUAUCGGUGCAAUUUUCUUAAAUCAAGCAGGUGCCCUGGUGAAUGUUUAUACUGACGGAUCUGUUUUAUUGGCACAUGGGGGAGUAGAAAUGGGCCAAGGUCUUUAUAUUAAAAUGAUCCAGGUGGCAAGUGCGACUUUAGGUAUUCCAGCUAACCAAAUUCAUACCAGUGAAACGAGUACCAAUACAGUCCCUAAUGGAUCACUAACAGCAGGCAGUACUGGGUCUGAUCUAAACGGAAUGGCUGUAAAGAUCGCGUGUGAGAAGAUAUGUAAAAGGUUAGAAAAAUAUAAAAACGAAAAGGGUUCUUCGUGGAACGACUGGGUAAAGAGAGCUUAUCAAGAUCGAGUGAGUUUAUCAGCAACAGGCUUUUAUAAAGCACCUGACCUGGGCCCAGACCCUAGUACAAACAGUGAAAACAGCUUUUACUAUUAUUCCUAUGGAGCUGGUUGUUCGGAAGUGGAAAUUGAUUGCUUAACAGGAGAUCAUACAGUUCUAAAAACGGAUAUUGUAUUUGAUGUAGGGACGAGCUUAAAUCCGGCUAUAGAUAUAGGACAAAUAGAGGGCGCUUUUAUGAUGGGUCAUGGUCUACACAUGCUGGAACAUUUAAAGUAUACGCCCUCUGGUACACUUCUAACUAAAGGUCCCGGCAACUAUAAGAUUCCAUCCAUGGGAAAUAUUCCUAAAGUCUUUAACGUCUCUCUGCUGAAAGGAAAGCCGAAUAAAAGGGCCGUGUAUUCAUCAAAGGCUAUUGGAGAAGCGCCGAUGUUACUAUCCCUUUCAAUUUUUAUGGCAACCAAGUCGGCUAUAAUGGCUGCUCGACAUGAAACAGGAAUGGACGGCUACUUCCAGUUUGAUAGCCCAGCUACUCCUGAUAUUAUAAGAAUGCUUUGUCAAGAUGAAUUUACAAAACAGUUUCCAUCACCAGAGGAAAACAACUUUACGCCAUGGUUCGUAAAACUCUGAAACAACAAUUGGUUGGACUUGAAUACUAGUUAUUAUAUCUAAAUUAGAUUUAAAGUCUUUUCGGGCGAUUUGUUAGCGAUUUACAAUUGACCCCAUACAGUGUACUAUUAUUUCUAUUAUUAUUAUAUGCGUGUGUUUAUAAAUAAAAAUAUCUAUAAGAUAAAUAUUAGCAAUCAAA